AGUGAGCAAAGUAUCAUCGAAUAUUGAUUUAUCUCCACGACUUGAGAGCAGCUUCGGCACCAAACAAGAGAAAAAUCUGAAUCCAUCACAAUGUCCUCCACCUCGACUUCCACCCCUCUCACCGCGUCCCUGCACACGGAGCCGGGUUUCGCGUUUCACUGCGGCCUAGUGGUCGGGGCGAAGCAGCUGGUGGUCGCUAGUGUGAGCAGUAUCGAGGACGAAGACGAUGUUCUUGACGAGGAGGGUUUUAUUGAGCCAUUUAAUACUUCGCAUCCAAAUCCAUCGCGACCAAAUUGGAACGCGCCGGUGUUCGGGACCAUCCUGAAAAAUUACCGGACGAAACAGGGCCGGACGAAUGCAGGGCAACAUGGCUCGAGCAGCCGUGCGCCCUCGUUGCAACCGGCUGGCGCGAGGACAACUACGCGGAUGCCAAGGGGACGAGGGACAAGCACAAGCAGGUUGGCAAGAAAUUUCUACGGCGCCGCAGUUGGGUCGUCGUCCUCCCACAACUCCAAUGAGGAUCACAACAGUCGGCAUGAUCAAUUGCAGCAGAUUUUUUCCUCUGAUGUCACCCCUGCGUCAUCAACCUCAAGUCGAACAAACCUCGCGAACAACAACCGAAAUAUUAACAGCAGCUCUACUAUGCUCUCCUCGACUUGCAAAUCUACGUCUAGCACCUGCAGCUUGUUCAAUCGGGUUUUCGGCCCCGAUGAUCAUGCAGCCGGUCGUGCAGACGAAGAUGAUGCUGCGUUGGUUGACGACGACGAGGAUCUACUUCUUCUCGAAGGGUUGCAAGAACACCAAGAGGGUGCGAGAAGAACUAUGCCAGGUUGUACAAAUACAAGUGGACGAGCCACGGAAAUGAAAGACCACCACCGCAUCCAAAUUGACUUAUCCCGCUUGUUGAAAGAACAACCGGAAGUGGACAUCUUGCUCUUCGCGGCCAAUCGAAUCCCGGGUGGGAGCGGACGUAGUUCUUUGUUCGGGAGGGGCAAGAAGACCAGGAGCAGAUCAGCGUCUUCCUCCUCGAGAGCAGGGAGGUUUUUGCGCGGAGGAGAUAGCCCAAAGGAAACGUCGUUUGAUCCCGCGACCAAACUGCAGUUUUUCCUAAGGAAGAUGGUGCACAAUAAUAGUUGCAGUUGUACUGCUUCCGCGACAGGAGUCAGAACGCCGAAACUACCUACUCUGGUGGACGGCCUCGUCUUGCAAAAGAAGCAGGAAACAAUCACUUCCGCGACGAUCGCCUUGAAGGCGGAAGAGGGCUGUUGCAUGCUAGCAGCUUUAAUCCGGGAUGAUGUGGACAAAAAGAAGUGGAAGGUGUCACGAAUUUUGACCACCAUGCCCAGACAGGGGCUGCAGUGGCAAGACUGGAUUCCGAAUUGCAGAAGGUUGGAUCAUCGUACUGGGAUGUUGCCGUUGGCCCAGGAGUUGCGCAUUCCGCAGCCGCGAAAGGAUGAAGAGCAAAUAACUUCUCGUGGCCGCUCCCGAUCCAAUGGAUCAGCCUCCGUCCGGUCGUCGAAUCUGUCGCGUUCCAGCCACCAGGUCGUCGCGAUUUGCUCAGGAACGUGGUCAGCAAAGUCGGAUUUAGUUUCAACAUCUGUAGUUCGCAGGGACGAACAAGAUGCAACCACUGACGAUCGUCGCGGUGAUGUUAUGAUGCUCGAGGAAAAUUUCCGAUUGGAGUCGCCGCAGGCAGCAAGCUUGGAAGACGAAGAGUUCUUCGAAAAGGACAGUUGCUAUAACGAGACUGUCCUUGUCCAGGAAAGUCAAAGUCGUAGAAAAGCGUCGAAAGUUCCUGCCACAUCAUGCACAUUCUCGGAUGACGUCGUGAUGCAAGAGCAGACUAACACUGUAGUUGAACAAGAAGCCAGACACAGCUGCAACCAGCCGAAGAACAAGAAGAACACUGGUGAAUUUGUGAAAGUGCAAGCGUCGAUUUCGUUUUUUCCUGGGUCUUGCAAGAAUGCAAAGCCACAGGUGGUCGGUGUUGAAAAUGAUAAAGGUGCAGCGUCUACUAACUUCCUCCGACUCUCCAGCACAGCGAGUAAGACGCCGUACUACGCGGACAGUGGUCUCCCGUUGAAAAAUAAGGUUCAACAAGAGGAGCAUUUCCAGCUGCACCGGGAUAGUACUUUUAGCACGUCGAGUCAGCACGACAGCACGAAUAAGACCGGACUACAGGAGUUGUACGACCAGAAAGCUGCAGCUCCAGCGGCAUCAUCUUCCGUACAACAACCAGAAGUAGACCUCGUCCCGCCAAUAUCACAAGAAAAAAGUGUUACAGUUACACAUUUGUUGGAGGUUCUGCAUCACAAAGGUGCUCGACAUGGCAAAGAAAACCUGUGAUGCGCAGACUACAAGGGAAAACACGAAUGAAAUCAGGUUGGCAAACAUUUCCUGCAUGACAGAGCUUCUCUGUCUUGCUUAUCUCCCAUCAGAGUGUGUAACUAUAACACUUUUUUCCCACGAUAGCCAACGAAGUUCACAGAUUCGCGGAAAUCCUCAAGAAAAUCUACGCCAACGCACACACGGGCCUCCAGUUACAACUCUUCAGUUUUGAACAACUCGAGAAGGUACUCGGUGGAUGAUUUGCAUAAGCUGAUGUCCGCGGAAUUCGGCGGGGGAGGUGCAGGUGGAACAACGCACGCAACAAAGAAUUUCGAUUACCAUCCCGUAGACAAGUUGUACGCGAGCAGCAGGCAGUUUGGUACGAGAAUGAGAAAGCGAAUCCAUCAGCAUCAGCUCGAGGGGGAGGAGCAGGCCCCCCCGGGGGAUUCUUGUACUUCUAGCACAUCAGGCAGCAAAAAUCUACUACAUGGAGAUCACGAUCACGAUGCAGAGAUGGAAUUGCGGUCCAAUGGUUCUUCACCGAAGCAAGCAAGCUCCGUACAAGCGAGGAUGGUGGUGAGCAAGCAAGAUGUAGUCGGGGUUCCCGGAAGAUGUCGUAAUCCUGCUUCUACCGCAGCACAAGUUCUUUCCUCUGACCACGAUCAAAACCGGCAAGACGUUUUUGCGCCAGAUUCCUCCAACAACAUCCAGCGACGCACGAUUGACCUCCUGGCGGGGAGCGCGAACGCCUCGAUCUUGCAAGACCUGUCCCUGUCGCUGGACCAGAAAGCGAGAGAGCGGCUCUUCGGGUACAUCGAAAACAGCUUUCAUCCAAGAACUGCUGGGCAGCAGCGGUCGUGCAGAAGUGGGCGAAGUAGGGCGGGAUCGACAUCGGCUGCCGGGGAAGAGGAGGACACAAGUUCUGCAGCGGAUGAUCAACACAGCGUGAUCGAAGAGAAGAUUCAAGUCGCGCUCGCCUCCCUUGCGUCUGAGUUCAAGUCAGUGGAACACCAGCUCCACUCCGAGAUGCAAAAUCUAAAGUCAAAGGUGGAUACAGAACAUUUGAAAAACCGAGAGUUACAGAAGGCAUUUUUGUAUCAAAUGUAAAAAUGUCUGAGUCUGGAAGAAUGCAACUUGUGAUGCUGCAUUUGGAUUCCAAGAAAAUCUGUAUUGCAUCAGUACUAAAGGAAAUGCAAUUUUUGCUACGCUGAGAAGGCAUUUGUCAUGCGGAAGAAGCAUCAGAAAGCCCUCAAAAAAUCUGUAUUGCUAGAGUAUGCAUCACAGACAUCAUGGCUCAUGCAAAACGUGCAUGCCAAGUGUCAGAAUCUUCCAGACCCAGACAUUUUUACACUUGAUAUUUUGACGGUACUGAAGAGGCUGUUUCCGGGGAUACGUGCUGGCGAAGAUCGCGACCAUCAGGGAGGUGAUCGUGAUCUUACUUGCACAACAUCUGCUGCACUUGGUGCUGUACCUAGCGUUGACAACAAUUUUGGCAAUAUGGACUCCACCUUUGCACGUACCAGUUUGCGGGUGGAAGAGUUAGAGCAAUUACUGAAGGAGAUUGAGUCUUCCAGAGCGCAGAUGCGGUCUCUGUCCACGGCAUCGGCACUGUCGUCAGGCGUGUCCGGCAUGUUGUGUUCUGCUAGUUCGGGGGCGAAUAAGUCAGGGAACAACGCCAACGAAGAAACACGACAGCACGACGUCGAACGGGAUCACCUCGUCGUGUUCCCGCCAGCAAAUUCCUCUAAGAACUGUACCAACCACGACGACUUUCCUGUAUACCACGACUCAAACCAGCACACCACUGCGGAGGAGAGUACGCACGAAGACUACAACCACACGACGUCCCACAGCGCAACCAGCUUGAGCAACUCACCACCUGUUUCAUCUUCUGGUGGACAUGGGUUUGGUGUGCCGGAAUUGCGCGUCAACGAACAAGGAGGUGUGAUGAUUUCUUCAUCUUCCCAAAUUCUUGCCCCUGGAGGUCGCGGCCAGGGCCACUACUCCCUGGACAGUGUUACGUCGAGCAAUUUCAAUGAGAUGCUCCAGCUCAACAAAUCGAACUCGAGUGGCAAUCUGCAGCAUCGUCCGGGUAGUAGUCUAGAUGGUUCUACUGCACAAGGCGGUACAUCACAACGAUACCAUCGUCAAAAAGAAGCCAACACAACCCCUGUCCUCCAACCCCCGCCAGCGCUAAUCCUCACGCCAGCGAGGCCGCCAAACACUUACGGAACAGCAGUUUUAGGUUCACUCACCCUGGAUGGCAGAACCACGAAUCUUCGAAACGGCGAUGUAAAUAACCCCACAGCGUCGACGUCCUCCUCCUCCACCUCUGACGCAACAAACAGCAGAAAGAAGCUGACCAAGGAACCGCAGAAGCUCGACGAUAGUGAGCGGUUGCAGGGCUCGCCCGCGGUGCUGCCCCCGUUCAAGCCGAGCCCGAGAAGGGGACCAGCACAUUUGUCUGUUCCAUCGGGAGUUGCUGGCGUUGGUGUAAUUUCAUCUACAACUACUAGAAGUGCACAACGACCCGCAACCGGCGCCCCGGUGGCGAGACAGCGAACAAGACCGCCACAUAAGAAUCCCUCGAAUUUGAUAUUGGCAGCUGCAGCUGGUGACAAGAAAACCAGACGCGGUGAACAGCAGGGGCUGUAUGAAGAUUAUCCCAUCGUGCGGCUACCUUCGUCCUGUCAAUCUUCCCCGAAGAGUGAGAUUUCGAUGUCUAGUUUGGCCGACAACUCCAGUGAGACUUUCCACCUACCAGAACCUGCACGGGGGAAUUCGAAUUACGGACAAGGUCAAGGUCCUGCUCCCGCGGCUUCUCGCAGCAGGCCGAAGCUACUUCCUGACAGAUCUUUUCCCACCGGCUGCACAACUGGACGCUAUACCUUGGAUGUAGAGGAGCACAGUAGCAUUCUCAGUGCGACACCACUGGCGAGAGACCACCUCCCGCAGCCACCGAACUGGACCGCCACGGCAAGACAGCAGAUUUUAAUACCAGGACAGGGUCGAGUCGGAGAUGUCGUCGUUCUUGCAGACACAAACAUCAGUACCAAGGAGAGUACUACACUAAAUUCCUCGAUGAACUUGAAAAAACAGAAAAAUCUUUUCGGCCGCGAGCUGCACAUGGACUUGAGAGAUCGGGAAGUCGCGAGACCUCCGGGGGUACAACCAGCUGCACACCAACUACGAGCUGGGCAGAAGGAUCUGUCGCAGUCUGAUGAAAAUGCUUUACCGCCUGCUGGAGCUUCCGGGGCAGCAAGCAUGACAAAUACUUUAGACAGGAACAGCGCUAGUGAGGAAUGGAGCAUCUCCAGCGGAAAUUUUGAUGAGAUUUUGAGCCGUCAAAGUGCAGCGGCGGCCAAGGUGCAUUUCAACCACGACACAGAGAACUACAAUACGAAUGCUUACAGGCGUGGCUACGACCAAGCAUCAACUCGUCCCGGCAAAAGUGAUAGGGUCCUCUCGCACCAUCCACAACAACACCAAGAAAGUGCAGCACUAGGACUAGCACGGCCAGUGCCUGGAAAGAGCACUCCGAUCUUCACAGCGGCGCCCGCGGUGGUGACGCCCGCGUCCGUGUCAAUACCGGCUUCUAGUACAACAACGAUGCGCGGCUCGUUGCAAGAUAGUAUCAGCAUCAGAACGGCGACUCCUGGUGGAAGUGCUGCAGUCGUUCCUGCUCUACCAAGCAGCUACCACAACUUCACAAGGUCAAACUUCUUCCCACCUCCACGGGCAAGAACGUCCCUCGCGGGCGUUGACCACGACAACUCGAGUUGUCACAAGCACAAUAUAAUUCGGGACCAACAAAUUAGCGAUCGCGUGUCAGACCCUUUCAGCCGACGGACGCGAUGUGUGGAGCGGCCGCCGAACAGUUUGAGUAACGACCACUUGAAGCUUGUGCAAGAAAACGAAAAGUGCAGCACCAGUGUGGAGAGAAAGUCGUUGUUGAAUAGCAGUUUGUUUGCAUAAACGGAGUUAUAAUUUAAUGUGAAGAUGAUGAUCACGAUUAGUAUCUUCAUCAUUCGACCGAGAACCAGCCCUGGAUGGAAUUUUUGUGAUUUUGAUUUGAAGAUGCUGCUGGUCAUGAGCGAUAUUGGAACCUCAAUUACGGUGCUUAGUGUCGUGUAGUAGAAGUUAGUUUUUUUUUUGAGAAACUACUACGAGAAUCGCUACAUACGGCUAGUAGAAGCAGAGGAACCUCCAAAUUACAGAUGCAGAAUGUGAUUGUCGAUACAUCAUGGACACCGUAGUUAUUAAACUCCGUUUUCGUAUCAUGCCGAGGCGUUCGGUCGGCAUCGGUUCUCUCUUUCGC